CUUUGACUGUCAACUCUUCAAGAUGAAGAGUCAAUUAUUAGUUUUAGCUGUAUUAGCCAUUCUUAUGGCCAUUGCCAGUGCAAAAAAAGUACGUUAUGAUAAUUACAAAGUUUUUAAAAUCAGGACACAAAAUUUAGAACAACAAAAAUGGAUCGAGAAUUUAGCUAGCGGGUCAAAGAAUUUUAAUUUAUGGCACAGCGGUAAGGGAGAAGUCCACUUAAUGGUCAAUCCACAAAAACUGAUAUUUCUACAAAAUUAUACUCGAUCGUUUAAUAUGCCUUUAGACGUCAUGGUUUCCAAUGUACAAAGUCUGAUUGAUGCUGAGCAAACUCCUAAAACGGCAGACGAUCGUAACGAUUUCGGUUGGACGCGUUAUUAUCCCUUAUCGGCAAUUGAAACUUUCUUAGACGAUAUACUUGCCAAAUACCCCGAAGUUACUAGUCACAUAGAUAUUGGCACGUCCUUUGAAGGACGUAAGAUACGCGGGAUAAAAAUCUCUUACAAAGAAGGUAAUCCUGGUAUAUUUAUUGAAUCGAAUAUACACGCACGUGAAUGGAUAACAUCGGCGACGGCUACUUGGUUAAUUAACGAGCUACUCACUUCCGAAGAUGCAAAUGUGAGGAAAUUGGCGGAAAAUCAUGAUUGGUAUAUUGUGCCAGUCCUCAACGUGGAUGGUUUUGUCUACUCACAUGAAACGGAUCGCAUGUGGCGUAAGACUCGCCAACCGGUGGAAGGUUCGAAUUGCAUUGGCGCCGAUGCCAAUCGCAACUACAAUUCACAUUGGUUGGAAAGUGGCGGUGCUUCCACCAAUCCUUGUGACGAGACAUAUGGUGGUGCACAACCAUUUUCGGAGUCGGAAGUGAAAGGCCUUGUCGACUACGUCACGAGUAUUAAGGAGCGUAUUAAUAUUUUCCUCGCUUUUCAUUCAUACAGUCAGUUUUUACUUACACCUUAUGGUUGGACAAAAGAUCCUCCGACGAAUUUUGAAGAUUUGAUGGCUGUUGCAAAGGCAUAUUCCGAUGCGGUGCUUACGUUGCCUUAUAAAACGAGUUAUACGUACGGUACAACAGCUGAUUUAUUGUAUUUCGCCUCUGGUGCAGCAAAUGACUGGGCUUAUAGUGAGCAGGAUAUUCAGCUUUCCUACACAAUUGAAUUCCGUGAUACAGGACGCUACGGUUUCAUUCUACCUCCAAUACAGAUAUUACCACAUUGUGAGGACACUCUUGCCGGAUUAUUAGCACUUGUGGAAAAGGCCGACGAAUUAGGUUACCUCCAGCUUAAAUAUACAUAAGUUGCGAUGUUAUAAUUCAUACACGCAAUAUAUAAAAUUGUAUGUACAGAUGAAAUGAAUAAAGUACUAUAUUUAUAAAAUUGAA